AUGAUUGAAAUGACUGCAGAUGGAAAACCUCCAAUUCAGAAGAAAGACAUCGAGACUUCUUAUACCUCUGAGGUAUAUUUUGAAUCCAUGUUCCUUGGCCAUAUUCCAGCAAAUGGUAAGACCUCUAAGAAUGUGGGCCAUAUUUGUGGGUUCAGAGGCUGCAUUUGGGAGCUUCAGGUAAACAACAAAGAAUUCUCCAUCAUUGAUGAAGCACAGCAUGGAAGGAACAUUGAGAACUGCCAUGUCCCUUGGUGUGCUCGUCAUCUGUGCCAAAACAAUGGCGCUUGCAUCAGCGAUAGCGAAGACUGGUUUUGCGAGUGUCCAAGGCUGUACUCGGGCAAGCUGUGCCAAUUUGCAACUUGUGAAAACAAUCCAUGUGGAAAUGGUGCCACCUGCGUUCCAAAGUUGGGAACGGAUAUUGUCUGCCUGUGCCCGUAUGGGAGGUCUGGCCCCUUCUGCACUGACGCUGUUGCUGUCACUCAGCCCAGGUUCAGCGGCACGGAUGACUUCGGAUACACCUCAUUCCUGGCUUACUCACGGGUCUCAGACAUCAGCUCCCAUCACGAAUUCCACCUGAAGUUUCAGCUGGCAAACAACCACUCGGCACUGCAAAAUAACUUGAUAUUUUUUACCGGACAGAAGGGCCAUGGUUUGGAUGGUGAUGACUUCCUGGCAGUGGGUCUGCUCACCGGCAGGGUAGUCUACACAUAUAACCUGGGAUCUGGUGUAGCGAGAAUCAGGAGUGAGCCCCUUGACCUGAGCCUUGGAAUCCACACCGUCCGUCUGGGAAGAUCCUUCCGAGAGGGCUGGCUAAAGGUAGAUGAUCAUAAAAAUAAAUCCGUCAUCGGCCCGGGAAGACUGGUUGGUCUCAAUGUCUUCAGUGAGUUUUACGUAGGUGGCUACAGUGAAUACACUCCAGGUCUCUUACCAAAUGGAGCCAAUUUUAAAAAUGGUUUUCAAGACUGCCCCUGCCUUUCUUCGGGUUGCAUUUUCACGGUCCAAGCGCGCACAGAGAAGGACGGCCGCUUCCGAGGCCUGGGGAACCCUGAGGGCCACCCGAGCUCCGGGCGCAGCGUGGGCCAGUGCGGCGCGACUCCCUGCGGGGUGGUGGAGUGCCACAACGGGGGCACGUGCGCGGACGGCGGCUCCACCGUGUACUGUCACUAUCCCACUGGGUGGAGAGGAGCACUGUGUGCCGAGACGGUUUCCCCCUGCGACCCUGAGCAUGACCCUCCGCACCGCUGCAACCGAGGAGCCACCUGUAUCCCCUCACCUCAAGGCUAUGCCUGCCACUGCCCUCUGGGAACCACUGGGAGCUACUGUGAACAAGGAGAUUUUUUAUGCAUCUCUUUAGUGAAUGGCUCUAUUCAACUUCGCUACAACCUUGGUGACAGAACAAUCACUCUAGAAACCCUCCAGAAAGUAGCUACUAAUGGAAGCACUUGGCAUAUGGUCAAAGCAGGAAGAUUUGGUGCAGGUUACCUGGAUCUAGAUGGGAUACGCAUGACAGAAAAAGCCUCUACUAAAAUGAGUAUUCUGGACACAAACACAGACUUCUACAUUGGAGGAGUUUCAUCCUUAAAUCGUGUAAACCCCUCAGCAAUAGCAAAUGAACCUGUAGGUUUCCAUGGUUGUGUCCAAGAAGUGAUCAUAAAUAAUCAGGAAUUACAACUAACUGAAUUAGGAGCAAAAGGUGGUUCAAAUGUAGGCGACUGUGAUGGGACUGCCUGUGGUACUACUGAAACAGACAGCCUGAUUAUAUGGAUGGGAAAAGCUCAAAAUGAAGACAAUGAUUUUCCAGCAAUUGGCCUCCAUAAUCAGACCUUGAAAAUAGCAGUUAACUUAGGAGAAAGAAUUGCUGUGCCUAUGAGCUACAGCAAUGACACAUUUUGCUGUAACAAAUGGCACCAUGUGGCUAUAAUUCAAAAUCAGACUCUUAUCAAGGCCUACGUAAAUAACAGUCUAAUUCUUUUUGAAGACAUUGAUCCAAACAGAAGGUUUACUGCUCUUAACUAUGAUGGAAUUUGCUAUCUAGGAGGCUUUGAAUAUGGUCGAAAGCUGGUUAUCAAAUCUAAGAAAACAUUUUAUGUAAAAAGCCAGGGAAGCUGUUCUAUGGACGAUCAUAAAAUCUUCGAGCUGCCUAAACCGCAUUCCAUCCUAUUAGGCUACAAGUUCUCCAAUGAUAGUACACCUUUUCUUUAA